AAACAUUCAAUAAUCUGGGAGCAGUUUGCACAGGAGCACGAGCCUGUGUGCUGCAUUAGAGCACAGUGACAGCCAUGAGCUUCUUUGGUUUCGGGCAAAGUGCGGACAUCGAUAUAGUUCUGAAUGACGCCGAAACGAGAAAGAAAGCUGAGCACAAAACCGAAGACGGAAGGAAGGACAAAUAUUUUCUCUUCUACGAUGGGGAAACGGUGUCGGGGAAAGUCAACGUGACGCUGAAGUACCCGGGGAAGAGGCUCGAGCACAACGGCAUCAAGAUUGAGUUUGUCGGCCAGAUAGAGCUGUACUACGACAGAGGGAACCACCAUGAGUUUGUGUCUCUGGUGAAGGACUUGGCGCGGCCCGGGGAGCUCACUCAGUCACAGACGUUUGACUUUGAGUUCACACAUGUGGAGAAACCCUACGAGUCUUACACCGGUCAGAACGUCAAAUUACGUUACUUCCUGAGGGCCACAGUGAGCCGGAGGCUGAAUGACAUCAGCAAAGAGCUGGAAAUCGUGGUGCACACACUCAGCUCAUACCCCGAGCUCAACUCCUCCAUCAAGAUGGAAGUGGGGAUCGAGGACUGUCUACACAUAGAGUUUGAGUACAAUAAAUCCAAGUAUCACCUUAAAGAUGUGAUUGUAGGGAAGAUUUACUUUCUGCUGGUGAGGAUUAAGAUCAAACAUAUGGAGAUUGACAUCAUCAAGCGGGAGACAACCGGCACAGGUCCUAACGUGUACCACGAGAACGACACCAUAGCAAAGUAUGAGAUCAUGGACGGGGCACCAGUCAGAGGAGAGUCCAUCCCCAUCAGGCUGUUCCUCGCAGGCUAUGAAAUGACGCCGAGCAUGAGGGACAUCAACAAGAAGUACUCUGUGCGGUACUACCUCAACCUGGUCCUCAUCGAUGAGGAGGAGAGACGCUACUUCAAACAGCAGGAGAUCACCCUGUGGAGGAAGGGCGACAUCGUGAGGAAGAGUAUGUCUCACCAAGCCAUCAUGGCCUCGCAGCGCUUCGAAGGCUCCUCUCAUCCAGAGAAGACCCCGACCCAGAGCCAGAGCCAAGAAGAGGACAGCUAAAGCCCAGCAUGCACCUCUCCCUCCUGUAGUGAGUGUCUGAGCAAACAGUGCAGGAAUUGCCAGCAAAUUCUGAAUGUAAAUAUCAUUUGUUUGCAUUGAGAUUGCUGCAGUGUUUUCAGGAUGAGUGUGAGAGAGGCUUUAAAUAUAGCUGUGUGUUUCAAGGGAGCAAACAGUCUGACUCAGAAUGCAGUUGUGAGUUAUUCUGUUUGUUUUAACCACCUUGAAGUACCGGUUUGGUGGAGUUUAGUCUAUUAAGACUGAAUAGAUGAAGAAACUGCACAAAAUUGACAUUUUGAAGUGCUUCAUUAAAAUGUAAUGGUGUAUAUUGUACAGUACAGUGAGACAAACGCACCCAUUACAUGCACUAAAAUAUGAUUAGCAAAUUCAGUUGGAUCAAUAUCUUGAAUUCACAUGUAUGACUACAGGUUGAUAACAACCUCUCCCUUCAAACUCUCACUCUGCUAGACUAAGAAAACUGGAGUGAUACAGUGGACCUCUUUAAAGUGGGUAAACAGACGUUACACUACGUUUCUCCUCAAAGGAAUGGGACAUUCUGAAAUUCAUUCAUUUUUGAUUAUGUUGCUAUUAUAAGUCCUCUGCUGAGAAAAUCCCCUUUCUUUGGUUUUUUAUUCUAGAAAAUAAGCAACGACCCUGAUCAAAGAAAAACAAGUAUAUAUAAUGGUAUAAGACUUUUAACAUUCUCUAAAUUAAAUGAAUUCCAUUCACGUGUUUGUAUAGGACGAUGCUCAAAAUAUUUUCAUACAUUCCAAGGAGUAUCUAUUUUUUAAGAGAAAAUCAUUUUAUUUUCAACAGCUUUUUAAUGUUGGAUGUAUCUUGCCGUCUGGUGCUGCGGAACACAGACGUGGCGUUUGUUAGUGCUGUGGGACUCUCUCCCAUCACUAUGAUCUCCUCUUACAGUUUGCAGCCUGCUUUCUUAUUUGCACUAUGAACUCAUUCUGCUUCUUUCUGCUUUCAGUGCUCUUUAGAAACUGGACUUUAUGGCAAAAUGAAAAUCACAUCACUUCAAAUGAAAUAUGGAAGGUUUUUCUCCUGUGUCGUAGUUAGCUGCUGGGUGCCUAAGGAUCUAUUGCCAAAACGUGUCGGUGCUUUCUUAGAAAGCUUCACGCCCUUUCCCCCUCUCAAACUGUGCUCAUCACUUUAGUUCCUACAGUCACUUAUCAUAACAUGGGUUAAGUGCCAAUAAUCUCUUAAAAUAAUGCUAAUGUGAACAAACAUGAAUGUAUAAGAAAAACUCUGUACAUUUUCUAAAUAAGCAUAACCAGGUUUAUUUGUUGUUUCUAGUCGGGUAGAGUCAAUAAUUGAAUCCCUGUGACAUUAUUCUUUUAAAUGUAAUUACCUUUUCUUGAAAAGAUUGUCUUCAUUCUGAAAAAGAGCACACAUGUGAGUAGUAAAUGUGACAUGCUGUGCAACCUGGCAAAAUCCUCUAUUUUAUAUUUCAAUCUUUUAUUGGAAGUCAUUCAGUUUCUUAGCAUGUUGUUGCUAAACGUCUCCAGACUGCUGUUCGGGUAAACCACAUGUUCUGGCUGAGGAGGAGAGAAAACAAAUUAUAAAUAAUAUUUCGGAGCCUAUCUUUCCCUCGCAAAAAAAACAAAAUACUUUCCCUUGCUUGUUUCUUAACUCAAUCCUGAUUUCAAGCUGAUUUUGUUAGCGGAUCAAAGGUUUUAAACUUGAGUCACACAUUUAAAGUUGGAGCAGCUUAGAUGAUUGCAUAAUUCCUGGUCAACAAAUCAAAUAGAGCUUUCUGUUUGCUGAGCGUCAGCUGCUCUCUUUUUGACCGAUGCAGAACAUACAGUUGGUACAUUGGAUGUUUGGGGUGAAUACACACAAGAGGACCAUCAAAUGAGUCCGAUGUACGCGUAAGAAGUACGGCAACAAUCCCAUAAACUUCUGUCUGACAACAUAUUUAGGGAUGUAAGGUAAAUCCCUGUACUAACAAUACAGAUCCACACCUACUGUCUCUCUCCCAUACUGAAUACAUUCUGCAUUAUUUCCCUGACUCGUCAUGCUUCAUUCUGGCUGCUACCUGCGGUCAUACAAUAGCACUUCACUGAAAUCUGUUGAUUACAAUUCAGAAAAACAAAACAUGUUUGGUGUGUGAUCUUAAUUGUUGCCGUACUGGUACAGUGACACAGUAGCUAAACUAACCCAGUUUGUAAUAGAGAGUAGACCCAGAUAUACAUAGCAAAGAUUUAUAAAAUGUAAAGUAUAAAUGCACAAUGUAAAUGCAAUUUUCUUCUUUGUUUUUUUUCCUUGUCAUAUAUUAUCUCCCUGUCUAUAAAUGUUGAUUUGAUGAUUUUAUAUUCCUGUUUUACUUUAAAUUAAAAAGGGAGUAACUGAAAAAGGCAUCUUCUCUGUGUUUAUGAUAUUUUCUUCUAUUCCUGAUAAACACAUGUAUUGUACAGACAACAUGAAUAAAUUCAAACUGAGACCUGAA